AGCGUUCGUGUGGCCUUAUCCCCUUUCCAGCUUUCCUUCGCCUCUUCUCUCCUCUCGCCUAAACCCUCUCUCUCCCUCUCUCUGGAUCCCCUCGUCCUCAGGCCUGCAUCCCUCCAUGGCCGGGCUGGGCGCGCGCCCCUCCGCCGCCUACCAGGCCCUGUUGGUCCGGCCGCUCGCCGCCCCUUUCCUCUCCGCCAGCUCCGGGAAAGUGAUAGCGCCAAAGAGCCGCUUCAUUGUGUCAAGUAGACUUGCAUGGGUGGAAGAUGAGCUAGAAGAGAUAAGAAAAUCACAAGAGCAAAGUUCAGUAAAAUCAAAGAAAAGGCCACCUUUGAGGCAUGGAAAGGUCUCCCCACAGCUUCCUGUACCAGUGCACAUUACAAGACCAUCUUAUGUUGGUUCAAAAGGAUUGCCAGAACUAUGCGAUGUGCGCCAAAUACACGAUGCUCAAGGUAUUGCUGGAAUGAGAGCUGCUUGCAAACUUGCUGCCAGUGCACUGAACUUUGCUGGAACUUUAGUUAAGCCAUCAGUUACUACAAAUGAAAUCGACGCAGCAGUGCAUAAUAUGAUCAUUGAGGCUGGUGCUUAUCCUUCUCCGCUUGGCUAUCGUGGAUUUCCUAAAAGUAUAUGUACAUCAGUAAAUGAGUGUGUCUGUCAUGGAAUACCUGAUUCAACACAGCUGCAGAAUGGGGACAUUAUAAAUAUUGAUGUAAAUGUGUUCCUGAAUGGAUACCAUGGGGGUACUUCCAGAACAUUCGUAUGUGGACAUGUGGAUGAAUCUAUCAAGCAUUUUCUGAAGGCAGCUGAAGAAUGCUUGGAGAAGGGCAUUUCUGUCUGCAGGGAUGGUGUGAACUACAGAAAGAUUGGCAAGAAAAUAAGUAAGCUUGCUUAUUUUUAUGGCUACUAUGUGGUGGAGCGCUUUGUUGGACAUGGGAUUGGAACUAUGUAUCAUUCCGAGCCACUUAUCUUACAUCAUUCCAAUGAAAACUCAGGGCGGAUGAUUCAAGGUCAAACAUUUACAAUUGAACCUAUACUUACAAUGGAAAAAACAGAGUGUGUGACAUGGGAAGAUGGAUGGACCACUGUCACUGCCGAUGGUAGCUGGGCCGCUCAGUUUGAGCAUACCAUACUGGUCACUAGGACUGGUGCAGAAAUAUUGACAAAAGUUUGAGUUUAGAUCUUGCUGAUUCUGGUCAGAAGUGAUCCACCUACUUUCAGAACGAGAUGGUUAUGCAGAAGCAUCAUCCUCCAGCCUAACAUCGGAGAUCUGUAAUAAAAUGUCCUAGUUUUGAGGUCUGUUGCAGGCCCACAUGUGGCAGGAUUUCCCCUUUGUGGUAACCAGGCAGGGGAUAAGUGGGGGCAUACAACUGCAUUUGCUCGUCGUUUUUGCUGUUUGCCUGCUGGCUGCUGCAGUGAUUUUUUGCUGGGGGGAAGUCCUGUCUCUGACGCAUUUGUUAUGAAUGAAGCUUCUGGAAGAGCUGCUGUAUAUGAAAUAGUAGUUAAGUUUGUUGGAAGUAGAUAUUGUUCCAAAAAUUAGAUGGAAAUUCAUGCUUGUCAUCUAAUUUGGCUGAAAGGAAGACCUUCCAGCUUUAUUCUGUCACAACCGUUCCUCCGUACGCCUGCAUCAGCGUAUGUUAAAUAUGUUGCACUACACACCGUGUCUUGAUAACACACGGUAUGUUAUGCACCACGCAAGAUGAACUACCGGGCUUUGGAACAUGAUA